AAUGGCUCUCUAUGUAAAGACCAAGCCAAGGAACGGAGGAACGGAGUAGUGUUACUUUAGGUAUCCAAAAUUCGCGUUACGUCACGGGCUAAGAACGCGCGGGAUUUCUGAAUGAACUCCGUUCAUAUUUGCGGCGUUAGUACAUAAACAACAGCGUCACGACUUUGAACGCGACCAUAACAACAACGAUUCGCACCACUCAUGGAAAGAUCGUGGCUUUUUUCAACAGCGUAUGAAGCUGCUAAGGAUGUAGCUCUGUAAAGAGCGAUGUUUUCUGAAAAUAACAUAAUUUGAGAUGUGAUACCUAUAUAAUUUGAUGAAGGCCCUCAAGAUAUCAUUUUCAAACCGAAUUCCACACAGACAAAGCUAUUUUUCAAUAGAUCCAUUUUAGCACCUAGAAUCCUGGGGAUUGGGGGAUUUUGAUCAAUACAGAAACAAAUAUGAAAUCUUACUUCACCAUCAAGUUCUUCCUGGCCUUGACGUCAAUAACUGGAAUUCUUAACCUUGUAUUUCUGGUCAUGUACAUUGGAUUGAGCGGCGAUCUGGGCUGCAUGGACCGUGGGUAUCCUGCCGUGGUACGCCGACAAAUCUCCAGCAUCGAUACCACGACGGAAGACGAACAGAGAGAGAUGUCAGGACCGCGUUAUGGCCACCUAGAACUACUAAAUAUUGAACUUAAGAGUAUACUAGAGCGUUACGGUGACGCUGUGAAUACCUUGGGUAGAGAACACGAAAUAGCGCAAAGAAAUCGAGAAACAUGGAAUGGUUCUAGGGAGUCUACAGGAUUAGAUCCGUUAUGCAGCAUUCCUCCGUUUCUUCUGAUCUUCGUCCAUUCCAGUCCGGAAAGUUUUUUGAGGAGAGAAUCUAUAAGGUUGUCAUGGGGACGUCAAGAGAAUUCUAUCAAUCACGGUAGCUGGGUCAGGCCUGAGAGGACCUGGCGAACUAUCUUCAUUGUUGGACGAAGUAACAACUCAAGAACCAACAACCUGUUAGGCCAUGAGUCGCGUGUUUAUGGAGACAUCCUACUCGGGAAUUUCCUGGACACAUACAAACAUCUAUCCCUGAAAAUGCUUCUUGGAAUAACUUGGCCAUACGAACACUGCAACGCCAAGUACAUACUAAAGACGGAUGAUGACUGCUACAUGAACAUUGUCUCGCUGAUUCUAUGGCUCAGUGAGUACCAUACCCAACAAGGCACCGACCCUCUUUACAUAGGCAAAGUGCAGAAAAACAUGGCGGUGGUGAGGACAAAAAGCCAUAGGUAUUACGUGUCCAGGAGUGUCCACCGGGGAGAUUUUUACGCGCCGUACGUAUCUGGCGGAGGCUACUUAUUUAGCGGUCAUUUACUAAGCAGACUUUACAAGGUGUCGAGACAUAGUCGAGUGUUUCCAGUUGAAGACGCUUUACUCGGUCGCUUCAUGCGUAUUCUAAAGGUCCAGCCAAGACAUGAAAAGAGGUUUCUACCGUUUGUUUCGUGUGAUAGGUCGUACGAGACGCUGUUCCAAAGACCCAUUUGUCAUUUCAAGGAACCGUUCGUGGUCCAUGGGGUUAGUGAGGUCCAGCAGAUUUAUAUGCAUCAUAAUGUUGUUGUCAUGAACUAUGUGCCAACCAUCUGCUCUUACGUAGAGCAUCAGAGCGGUGAAGAUACGUUGAGUAGACUCUGCUAAUGGACUCGGUGCCCUUCUUGAUAUAGGGCCGUCAUAUGCCUCGGGGGAUACAGAGACACAAACGAUAUUGGUGGCACAGCUAUGCCCCUUACGAUCAUUUCCUUGUUAUUUUUUGAAAAUAAACUGUGGGUGGGUGGGGGGGCGCUAUAGGCGUUAUGGCCCUGUCAUAGCGUCCUAACAGUGAGAUAAUGGUUAAAUAAAAAACGGACUGUUCCAAGACAUGAAACCUUUGUGUUAUGGUGCUUUCUGUUCUAACCAUAUAGGAUAUGCAACUAUAGUCCAGACAUUUUAUGAAAAAACGUAAGAAAAAAACACAGUAUAACCCAUCACUAAUUUGCAACAAAAGGUUACUCAGUUAUAUCAGCUAUUUGAUUCUUUUGCUAUUAGUCAGCGUGCUUUUCUAUGAGCGAAAUUGUCUACAGAAAUUGAAUACCGUGUGAGUAAACAGCUUUAUCAGUUAUAAAAUAUUUCUUUAAUAAAGUCAUUAAGUGAAUUCAUGUGUAUAAUCUAAACUUUGCUUCAUGAUAAAAGAAGGCCUAUUUUAGACUCUCAAAUAGCGGUGUUUCCUGCUUUUACUAUUGCUAACUUAUUUGUUUUUGCGGAGUAAACUCAUAGUUUAGGAAAAUGUUUUGCCAUCAAAGCUUAGAUGUUAUACAUGAGUUUCUUUCUUCCACUUUGUAAAAGGAUUACGUUUUAAUAAAACAGGCAGUUCUCACUA